ACCUCGCGCGGUGUGCACGACGAUCGAGAUGUGGGUGAAGCCGCAAGAAGUGCUGCUCGCCAAUGCAUUCUGGAUUACUGAACAAGCAACUGUAUAUUUCGUACUGCAACGUCGUAAAGGACAUGGAAAAACGAAAGGUCUUACCUCCAUAUUGGUGGGUACAUUGGACAGUGUUUUCGAUACCAAACCACCACCCUUUAGAAUUCUUCAUCAGACGCCAUCAUCGGAAGUUUAUUGGGAAGUGGCAUGUUCCUUGACUCGCGAGGAAAUUUUGCAGGAUUGGGAAUGGCUCCACUCGAAUUUAAUGGCUACGCUUACGUCGUUCGAUACCGAGGAGGAGAUAACGGAAUUCGUUUGCUGCAAAAUUCAAUCUAUAAUAGCAAAUAGCAUCCCGGAUUCUCAGUUUGCAGAUGAAGAAGACCCAGAAUCUUUUAAAACUGUGUCUUUUAAAUUUCACCAAUUGUUCAAUAUACCCAAAGAGGACAAAUUGGUCAAUUAUUAUUCAUGCAGUUACUGGAAAUCACGAUUACCUAGACAAGGAUGGCUCUAUUUAUCUGUAAACCACAUGUGCUUUUAUGCCUAUAUACUGGCGAGAGAAACGAAAUUGACCAUAAGAUGGACAGACAUUACGGAAUUGAACAAAACUAAUUCUCUUAUAGUUCCAGAUAGUAUACGUGUUGUAACACGUGACAAUAAAGAGCAUUAUUUUUCUAUGUUUAUACAUAAAUCAGAAACAUAUUCGUUAAUGGAACAACUGACCAAUAUUGCUAUGAAAAGACUUAUUGAUGAAAAAAGUGGAUUUAAUGAGGAUAGAGACUUAUUGAAUAAAUUAAGCAAAAAUGUACCUAAGAAGCCAUCUUUCUUGAAGAGAGAUUUGGAUGCACGAGCACAUUCAGAAACAUACAGGCUUCAAUUUAGAUUGCCAGGAACCGAGAAAUUAGAUGGUAGCAUUGAUGCUACUUUAUGGACUCCAUACAAUAAAAGAUAUGUUUGGGGAAAGAUAUACUUAUCUCAAAAUUAUCUUUGUUUUGAAAGUAGGGUAAGAAGACAAGUCAGUUUAGUUAUACCUCUAAGAGAAGUAACACUCGUUGAAUCGGCGGAAAAUCAGUCCAGCACAGGAGCAGAUAAGUCAAUAUUAAUCACAACGGCGCGUUCAUCAUUUCUAUUCGCCCAAAUACAUGAUAGAGAUUUCGUGGUGCAAAAAAUCUCUGAGCUCUUGUCAAAGUCUAAACUUAAUUAUAUAACGAGAGAGAAUGUAUGUUUGCCGAAUAUGAGUAACAAUUGCGAGGAAAUAAAGCUUACAGAACAAUGGAAACCACAACCGCCACUGAUGAUACUUUUCAAGGCCCCAUUGACUCCCGAAGCCGCGUUGAAACAAGAAGCUAAAGAAAAGCAAUGGGAACUUCAUUUUGCAGAAUAUGGGAGAGGAAUUACUAUGUACAGAACUACGGAAACUACGAAACUCGUUAUUCAAGGAAUACCUCAAUCUCUCAGAGGAGAAGUUUGGCUCACCUUUUCUGGUGCUUUAAAUGAGAAGGCAAUGAAUCCAGAUUUGUAUAAAUCAUUAGUCGAACAAUCUCUUGGUAAAUCAUGUCAAGCAAAUGAGGAAAUCGAAAGGGAUUUGCAUAGAUCGUUACCGGAACAUCCGGCUUUUCAAUCGGAUACUGGAAUCAGUGCGUUACGAAGGGUACUAUCUGCCUAUGCAUGGCGAAAUCCUCAGAUAGGUUAUUGUCAGGCAAUGAAUAUAGUAGCGUCAGUUCUACUAAUUUAUUGCUCUGAAGAAUCAGCGUUCUGGCAGUUAUGUAAUGUUUGUGAAUCAUUACUGCCUGAUUACUAUGAUCGUAGAGUGGUCGGUGCUCUCGUUGACCAAGGUCUUUUAGAGGAACUGGCAGCCGAACAUUUGCCAGUGUUACAUGCCAAGUUACAGGAGCUUGGCUUAAUUAAAGUUAUCUCAUUAUCUUGGUUUUUAACUAUAUUCUUGAGUGUUAUGCCAACCAGUAGCGCUGUAAAUAUUAUGGACUGUUUCUUCUACGAUGGGGCAAAAGUUAUUUUUCAGAUAGCAUUGACUGUAUUGGAAUGGAAUCAAGACAAGUUACUUAAUUGUCGCGAUGACGGAGAAGCCAUGCAACUAUUGACAGAUUACCUUGGUGGCGUUUAUAACGAUGAAGGUCCAAUAUUUCCUAAACCAGUUGAUAGUACAUUACUCAAUAAAAGUAUAUCUGUUCAAACAUUAAUUUAUGAAGCGUAUUCAAGAUAUGGAUCUUUAACAAUUGGUGGCAUAGAAAGAUUGCGCCUGAAGCAUAGAUUGAGAGUAGUUCAAAGCCUCGAAGAUGGAAUUGAAAAAAACGUAAUUAGAAGCGUUAUUGUUGAUAAAUAUAUGAAAAUGGAAGAGUUGCAGGAAUUGUUAAGUUUAGUGAGAGAAGAGCUAAUGAGCCAACGAAAAUCCGAACCUGAUCGUUAUGAUCCUACCCAACCGCCGUACGAAGCAUAUAAAGUAGAUUUUGACUUAUUUAGAAUAUUAUUUGGUGGUCUGUCUCCGUGGGGAAAAUGCACUCAAGCUGAAUCUCUUUCUGCGCGACUAUUUCGUUUAAUGGACCGUAAUCGUGACGGUUUGUUAAACUUCCGAGAACUAGUGCAGGCCAUAGGGAUGACAGCAACAGCUGAUUUGACGCAAAGAUUAAAGUUAUUAUAUACGUUGCAUUUACCGCCACUUCUUACGCCUGCCGAUUUUGAAUCUCCAACACAUUCAGCAGAUGGAGCCGAAGUGGCGGCAGAAGCUACGGAUUUCUUUGAUAACAUGGAGCAAAGCGUAGCUUCCUUGGAAAUGCCAAUUAGCAUAGCCGAAGAGCCAACUGUAAGCACUUUAUCACGAUCUACAAGCUUGAAUAGCCAACCAGGUGAUCAAUCAUGGGAAGUUCAGAGUAUGGGUAGUUUACGUUCAAUGAUAGCGUCAAAAGACAGUCCAUUGGAUCUUAAAAUUGUGCCAAAAAUGUCUCAAGGACAUUUUAUAGCAUUAUGGAAAACUCUUUACGACAUGUUUCCUGCUCAACCUGAAGAACAGGAAACAUAUCAUUGUAUCGCUUCUAUAGGUACACUUCUACUCCAAUUAGGAGACGUUGGCAAGAAAUUCUAUAUAGAAAAAGAAGAAUCUGAAGAUAGUUUACUUUUAGCUGCUUCUGCAGCUCAACAAGUUUCUUCAGUUGUCGAAAGGUCACCCGAUCGUAAUGGAAAUCCAUCGAGUACAACGUCCUCCGCCGAUCCCGAUUGGUCGAUUACCGUCGAGCAAUUUUUGGCAUCUGCUUUAACUGGUCAAGCAAUAGUUGACUUCUUCAGUAAACGAACCGAUCUCAUGGAAGCUAUGACAACAUUGAAAAAUCGUAGAUUCAAUCGUGUUCAUUCCUUAUCAGACACACCCACUUUAAAUGGAUGACACACGGUGAUUAAUAUAUAAGAAAUAAAAAUAUUAUUAUAUGUCUAUUUUUAUGCAUGGCUGGCUUAGAUAAAUUGACGAAGGAGAAAAU